AUGGGCGACAGGCCCAGUUUCCCAACUUUGUGGGCCAGCGGGACUAUAGCACGAGAACCUCAAGUGGCACAGUUGUUGCUCAAGAAAUUGCGAGAUGCUGUCGGGCGUACUGUGGAAAAUUUGCCCGAGCAUGGCAGACACUCUCGCCGCUUCUUGCCAAAGACCGACCUGGAUAAGAUACUCGCCUACAAGUCAUUGGACCUUUUGUUUAGGGAGCUUGCGUGUGAAGGUUCUUCCUCUGGAGUCGGUGAAGCUCUACAAGCCAUCACUAGCGAUGUCGCUAACGAACAGAAUGGCUCCUACUAUACGUGUCUCGACAAAAUUGUUGAGAAAUGCAUCCAAGCAACUAGGAGUACCCCGUGUCGAAAGUCCCUGCUUGCACUAUUCUUGUACCAAGACCGACCAGAAUUGCUUUUAAUGUUCUUGAAAUGGUUGACCUCCGGAUUCUAUCAAUCUGCAGCUAAGCACGACCAUGUCCUCCCGUCUGAUAACUCGAUGCCAUUUACAGAAACCGAUCUGUUCAACUAUAGAGUCCCAGACAUAUACCACGCAUACAUAUUGGCGGAUCAAGCAAUUUUCAAACCAGUGACCAUUCAAAAGCUGGGACAUCCUCGAAUCAGCAGCAGCGAACGCUUGCCCUUUGUAGGCAAACUGGAAUCGAUUAAGAGCGGCUCCCAAGGCCAGGUUGUCAGGGCUACAAUAGCACAAGGUCAUUGGGAAAUCCAGGAAGACGAAGCUCAGAACGAUGCCAAUUUCGUGCCCGGUAACCCGAACAGCACGAAGGUUGUAGCUCUCAAGAUUUUCAAGGCGGUGGAACCUGCGCGCGAUAUGGUAGAGGCCACCCGGGACUUCGAAAUCGAGCUCAACAUCCUCAAGGAAUUGCGAACCUCUAAUACUAAGCAUGAUAUGAUCUUGCUAGAUUGGGGCAGUAUAACUGAACUCGACGAGGCAGGAAAGCCGAUUAGACACUCCCUCAUCUUCGAACUGGCAAGUUUCAGUCUGGGUGAUCUGCUCAAUGAUAAGAAUCGCGCCCAGGAAUACAUUGCACCAUCCUCCCUACUCGCCAGCCUUGUUGACAUCGUCGAAGCAUUGGAAUGCUUGCACCAUCAACUCAAAACUUUACAUCUCGACAUCAAACCUGACAACAUCUUGAUAUUCGAGACCUUUUCUGGUACCGGGAACGAAAGACAGUACAAGCUUACCUGGAAGCUCAGCGACUUUGGUCUGGCUCGCAAAAGAGAUGCGAAGAAACGGAGGGCGGGGUCUGCACAGACCUCUACAGCUACAUCGCGAACAUCAACUCAGCCCGCAACGAGACCGACCGGUCUAUAUCAGGCUCCAGAGAUCCAGGAGCAGGAAACUAGUGUAGCAGGUCAGGGUAGUGAUGUCUGGUCUAUGGGCUGCGUAACGCUCAUGGUACUUGCGUUCAUUGCCGAUGGUUCAAAGGGAGUCAGGGCGUUGGAGACAUUCUUGAUGGUCGAUUUCAUGAACUGCGCUGGUAAAGAGCCAUUGUUCUACGUAAGGAGCGACUCAUAUCAAUGG